GGAGAAAAUGGCUAAGAUAGAGAAAGAGAAAUCUAGAAUGAAAAAAGAGUUGAAACAUAGGGAAGAUGAGGAAACAAAGAGGGUAAAAAGAGAGGAGAAACAGGGACAAGAGAUGAUAGAAAAACAAAGCAGAGAAAGGAAAGAAUUUGAGGACAAGCAAGCAGAAGAAAAGAAAAAGAGAGAUAGAGAGGAGCAGGAGAGGAAAAACCGUGAGAAGAGAGAAAGAAGGGAGUGGAAACAGAAAAUGAAAGACACAGAAAAGGAGAAAAAAGAGAUACAAGAAGACAUGAAGAAAAGAGCUGAGGAAUGGGAACAGGAAAGAAAAACAGAACAGAUAAAGAAAGAGGUCGAAGAGAAGAGAAGGAAAGAGAAAGAAGAGCAAGAGAGAAAAGAGUGGGAUGAGAAACAAAAGAUAAUGAGGGAUGAGUUUGAGAAAGAAAGGAAAAAAGAAAGACAAAGGAGAGAAAAGGAAAGGAGAGAUAUAGAGGAACUGAUGGAGAGGAAUCUUGAAGAACAGAAAAUGCAGUUGAAAAAACAAGAAGAGGAAUGGGACAAGGAAAGAAAACAGGACAGAGAGAGAAGAGAUAAAGAGGAUGAGCAGAGAAGAGAGGAGGAGAGAGAAAGGCUGGCAAGACUACAGAAGGAAUUUGAGAGGGAACGAGAAGUAGAGUGCCGGAAGAGAAAGAUGGAAGAUGUGGCCAGGAGAGAAAGAGAAGAAAAUGAACGUAAAGAAAUGAAGGAGUACCAUGAAAAAAAUUUUAAAAAAAUGAAGGGGAAAUAUGAAGCAGAUGCAAGAAAACAAGCAGAAGAAUUUAAUUCAUUUAAACAGCAGCUUUCAGAAUCAAAUACAAAGUUUGAAAUGAGACUAAUCAUCCAAAAGGACCUACUUGGAAAGGAGAUAAAAAAACUAAGAGAGCUACUUGAGAAGCUAACCGAACCAAAAGAUGACCAUCAGCCCCAGCGUGCCAACCAACCUAAAGAACCUGAAACACAAGUGAAUUCCCUGGAAGAUCACAUCGGGCAGUUGGAGAAGCAAUUUAAAGAAGUAACUACGCUGCUGAUAGAGUUGAAAAAAAACUGUGUAAUACUGUAAUGCUGCAACAGGCAUGCUUUCCUGUGUUAGGCAUUGGAACAUACCAUUACUCCAGUGCAGAUUAAGAUCUUGAUGUGGAGUGCCCCAUUCGGACACAAAGCCAGCUUUUAAAAACAUGAAUUUCAGGACAUUUUUUAAUUAAUGCUCUUUCUCCCUCUUCCCAAUUUGCCAAUCAUGUCCACGCAGCAGGGGUUAUCAUAACCUCAGCCAUCAUUUUGGGAGAACACAGACAAAUGUGCUCUUCUCUGAAACAUGUGAUGUUAGCUAUCGCUUCUUAUACCACAGUUCACUAGUCAACUCACGCAGACAUGAGUCAGAGGAAGAUGAGUGAUUCUGCUAAGUGAUUGUAAGGUAAUGUAAAAGACACUGUACACGUGUAAAAGGCACUUUACACGUGUGUCUCAAUAGGUGCAAAUUGCGGCCACCAGACUGUGGGACCCUGCCAUGCACCAGUUCAGUGUUUUAACAACAUAAGCCACCCAGCAGCCCCCAUGGAACCCUAUUGUUAAAGAUGUAAAUGCUGUUUGCAAAAAAAAAUCAGUCAGAAAUACAAGAUUUUAAAAAAUCUGUUAAUCUAUGCCUAUCCAACCAUUACUGCCAGUCACUCCUUCACUGCCAGUCACAGCGAGGGUGCCAAAAUUAAUGCUUCUUCUGAACAGCCCCAGGACACUGGAUGUGGAUGGGGUUCUCCUAGGCGGUGUGUUGGUAUUAUGUGUACAGAGGGCUCAGUGUCAGUUUUGUUUGAGAUCAGUCGCAGUGCCAGAAAUGUCCAGUAUGAGGAGAUGCCCCGCAGAUAUGAGCCCCAAAGUCCUGCUUCUACCGUGUAGCCUGUUGUUCGCUGUUUUUGCUGUGAGGAUUCAAAUACUAACAAAACAAACAAAAUAUAGCUUUAUUGCUUGGUCAUUUGAUAAUCUUAAAAUUGUAUAAAUGUGACAUUGAUAAAGUGCAUUGUCGCCUAUGAAAUUCACCUCUGCGUGGACCAAUAAAAAAAAUGCAGACAUUUAAGCAAUUUUGCCUUUAAGUAUAGUUGGAUUAAGUAUGUACUUUGAAUAAAAAUAUUAAAUGGAUAAAAA